AUGUCGCGAAACAUCUGCAUCACAGCCGUCGACGGCAACACGGGCUUCCUAAUUGCGGAGCUGAUCCUCAAGCACCGCGACUUUUCCCGCAAAGUCACCAACGUUGUCGGCCUCACCCUUCACCCGGAAUCAGAAAAAACCCAGGAACUUAAAUCCCUCGGCGCCAAAAUCGUCCCUCACAAGCCUGGCCGUCUUCGUACCAUGGCCAAGGCCCUCCAAGAUACUGGCUGCGACACCAUUUGUCUCGUUCCUCCUACUCAUGAACAUAAACUGGAGAUCACCGAGGAGCUUAUCCAUGCAGCGAAGAGGGCGGACGUGCCGAACGUGCUGCUAAUUAGUUCGGCGGGGUGUGAUUACGCUGAGAGGGGAAAGCAACCCAGGUUGAGAGAGUUCAUUGAUUUGGAGGCGCUUGUUAUGGAGGCCAAAGGGGACCCGAACGUUUCUACUGGACAUUCGCCCUGUGUUAUUCGGGCCGGCUUCUAUGCCGAGAACCUUCUUCUGUACUCUAAACAGGCGAAAGAAGAAGGCGUUCUCCCACUUCCCAUUGGAGAAAACCACAAAUUCGCCCCAGUUGCACUUGGUGACGUUGCCCAAGUUGCUGCUCAUGUCUUGACUGGAAAGGGCAAGAAUGGAUUUGACGACCGCCACCGAGGUCAGAUGAUGGUGGUCACUGGCCCAAUGCUCUGCGCAGGAGAGGAACUCGCUGCCGCUGCCAGCAAGGCCCUCGGAACCGAACUUCAAUUUGAAAACAUUUCUCAUGCCGAAGCGAAACGAGCGCUCAAAUCCCAAUCUGAAUUGGAUCCAUCAGAGCAGCAGUAUCUUCUCGAGUACUACAGUCUUGUCAAAGAGGGCAAAACCAACUACAUCUCAACCACAGCUUUUCACGAUGUAACCGGCGAGCAUCCCACAGAACCAGAGAAUUUCUUCAAGAUUUAUGAGGGUGAGAUGAGACCUAAAAAGAAGGCCAAACAUGAACAUAAGUGA